GCAAACUGUCCGCACUCCACCAUUUAUCACACCUCCACUCACUAUAAUAAUACCUCACCACCCAACAAACACAGAAAACCUCUAAAACCUUCUUCUAUUACUCAAAACACCCUCAAUCGAUCCACCCUCGAAACUUUUCAGGAAACCACCGCGACCCCGAACCAACAUGCCAUACCUUCCCACUUCCCAGGCCUACCUGGAACAAUCAGCGCUCCUCCUCGAAGCAUACCCAAACGGCACCCGCAUAACAACAAAAUACAACUUCCCCUCCUCCCAAAAGCCCAAACCAACCGAAGAAUCAACAACACCAACGGCCCCAAUCGCAUCCCUCACAAUAAAGACCUACAACCCAACCUCUGGAAUAUGCCUCAAAUACCGCACGAACAAAGCCGCCGAGGUAGGGCGGCUGAUUACAUCUCUAGGAAAGCUAGCCGGUGGUGCGAAUGUGGCUGCGUUGGGAUUGGGAAAUGCGGCUGCUGCGCCGGUAGCGCAGGCUGGUGGUGAUGUGGAGAUGACUGAUGCGCCGGAGGAGGGGACGGGUUCUGCUCCUGCGGCGAAGACGGAGGGGAAUAAGGGCGGGAAGGGGAAGAAGAAGGGUGGGAAGGGAAAGAGGUGAUAUUUCUCUUUUUCUAUUUUUUUUGUUUCCUUCUUCUUCUUCUUGUUUUUUGGGUGGUUUGAGGGACAUCGGACGUCUGUGCUUAUGGAUUUUUCUUUUUGCUGGCUGCCGCCGAGGUUUUUCCUAUUGGUAUCAUAGGGCCUGGUAUAUCGGCCCUUCUUGACUUGCAGUGCGUCGGGCUGGCGCAGUCAUACUUAACGUACUCCGGGCUUCUGGCAGUAUCUCAUAGCGCAUGGUUGGCCUAUGCAGAGGGAUGGGGAGUGGGAGGCAGAUCCCUUUAUCACCGACAGGCGCGCACUAGUACUCAAGGGACUUCAUACUCUAAUGAUGUAAGUGUUGUACAUAGAGAUUUUACAUCUUUUUACGUGCCUUCUAUGCGGAGCGAAUAUCACAUUCAGACCAAAAGCAAUCUCAAGAAACAGUGACUUUUCG